GCCCGGCUUGAGCCCGGCGAGACGGUGACGGCCACGGUGCAUCGAUGCAGGAUCGUCUCCAACCGCCGGGCUUUUGCCUUCGCCCUGCUGCGUCGCGACGGCUCCGUCUGCACCUGGGGGGCCACGGAUGGCGGAGGAGACAGUACAAAAGUGCAAGCCAAGUUGACGGACGUGCAGCACAUCGCGGCCUCCAGCCACGCCUUCGCGGCCGUCCGUGCAGACGGCCAGGUGCUGGCCUGGGGAAACCCAAACUGGGGUGGCAAAGCUGACACGCUGCGCUUGCGCGCGCAGCUGCAGGGGGUGAGGGAGGUGGUGUCAUCGGGCGCAGCAUUUGCAGCCCUCCGGCGCGAUGCAACGGUGGUGACAUGGGGUUUGUCUCGGUGUGGCGGUGCAAGUGUGCACGUGCAGAAAGAACUGGUGGGUGUCAGCCGCAUAGUGGCCGCAAGGUAUGCCUUUGCCGCCUUGCGGACAGAUGGAUCUGUGGUGACCUGGGGUAGCAUGACCUCCGGUGGUGACAGCCGCGAGGUGGAAGGGGAACUGGUAGGCGUGAGGGACAUCGUGGCUUCUGAGAGGGCUUUUGCAGCGAUCCGUUCUGAUGGACGUGUGGUGACCUGGGGACAAGGCGGAGGACGGGAUCUUGUGGCUGUUCGUCAUCAGCUGCAUGGGAUUCAGUGGAUGGCUGCCACCGACUCGGCCUUUGCAGCGGUGCGGACGGAUGGCCGGGUGAUCACAUGGGGAUCGCCCGAAAGCGGAGGGGACAGCCUGGCUGUCCAGCCACAUCUUUGGGAAGUGGUGCACAUCUGGUCCACUGCACGGGCCUUUGCAGCACUGCGACAAGACGGAAGUGUCGUGACUUGGGGUGCUUCUGAGUAUGGUGGUGAUUCUUGCCAUGUUCAAGCACAGCUUCGUGAUGUCUUGGAGGUUGCAGCUUCACACGCAGCUUUCGCCGCGCUCCGGGAGGAUGGCAGGAUCGUUUCCUGGGGCUCGGCGGGAGCUGGAGGGGACUCCUCGGAGGUGGAGGAGCAGCUGUUUGAGGUGCGCCAUCUGGCGGCCUCAAGCGGGGCCUUUGCGGUCCUGACUGCCGGAGGGCGUGUGGUGGCCUGGGGAAGUCCAGAAGCGGGUGGAGAUUGCGCAGGCGUCCCGGAUGCACUUUAG